GUACUAUCAUUUUCUACAGAACUUCAGCAUAGAACCCUCUACAACUAUGAGAGUCUUUAUAUUUAUGUUGACUUACUUGAUAACAUCUUUUGCAGAGAAGCAAGAUCUCUCUGGGAAAAUGUUGACUUUUCCUGAGGAGUCUGACACAGCUCAUGUGAUCUUGGUUCCCAACCAGAGCAAGAGUCUGCCUGCAGUGACCUUGUGUCUGCGUUUUUUCUCAGACCUGUCAAGAGCUCAGAGUCUCUUCUCUUUCGCCACCCCCACCAAUGAAAAUGCUUUCCUCCUUUUUAAAAGGGAGAACAGUGUGUAUGAAGUAGACCAAGGUGGUCAGGAUAUUGUUCUCUUCUGGGGUUUAGACGACAAGCGCAACGAGUGGAAUUCUGUCUGCACUACUUGGAAUUCCCAAACAGGUAUUGCCCAACUUUGGGUAAAUGGAAAACCAAGCACAAGAAAAGGUGUACGUCGAGGAAGAGACAUAUCUGGAGCACCCAGCAUUAUCCUGGGUCAAGACCAAGACAGCUACGGGGGCAAAUUUGACAGAGGACAGUCUUUCACAGGAAUGCUUACAGAUGUGCAUAUGUGGGAUACAGUUCUUCCUUACCCUGAGAUUGUUUUAUACAUGAACCGUAUUCCACAGAAAACUGAUGGCAAUGUGAUUAACUGGAGGUCACUAGAGUUCACUAGAAAGGGGUAUGUGAUUGUUGAAAACCAGGUGAACUAGAUUAAUUUAGAAGAUAUAUUAGAGGUUAAAUCAAAUGUGACUGCAAAAAAACACAUUACAAAUAUACCUUCAGAUUAUCAAAUGAAUAAAAGUACACUGAUAAAGUUGCCUCUUGAAGGCUUCCACAAACCUCUUACUGUAAAUGUUUUGAUAUCAAGAGUAUCGAGUGUGUUUUAUUUCAGUGAAAAUGUUACCAGACUGUUGUCCUCUUCUCACAAUUAUCUGACUGUAAAUAAUCCCAUCAUUCUUUGUUCAUCUGCCUGUAUAACUAUCAACGAGGAACAAAGUAAAAUCUUUCAAAAGUG